AUGCGUAAGAUCUUCAACAGUCCUUUGCAGGAAUGUAGAAAACUACUCACUAACUGUGUUUGUGUUGUCAAGAAAAUUAUUUCCUCUAAAGAUGAUGGACAAGUGUUAUUGAAUCAAACAUUAGUCACCGAAUUUCUCCUCUUGGGGGUGACAGACAUACAAGAACUGAAUCCUAUUCUGUUUGUCACGGUCCUUGCCAUAUAUUUUGUCAAUGUGGCUGGGAAUGGAGCCAUCCUGAUGAUCAUCAUUUCAGAUCCAAGACUCCACUCACCUAUGUAUUUCUUCCUGGGAAACCUAGCAUGUCUAGAUAUCUGCUUCUCCACUGUAACAGUGCCAAAGAUUCUAGAGAACUUCUUCUCCACAAGCAAAGCAAUUUCCUUCUUGGGAUGCAUAACUCAGCUUUAUUUCUUCCACCUCCUGGGUAGCACAGAGGCCCUGCUGCUAACAGUGAUGGCAUUUGACCACUUUGUGGCUAUCUGCAGACCACUCCACUACCCUUCCAUCAUGAAUCGUCAGGUCUGCAUCCAGGUGGCUAUCUCCAUCUGGGCCAUUCCUUUUCUUCAUGCUCUGGUUCACUCCAUAUUGACAUCUCAAUUGAAUUUCUGUGGUUCCCACCAUAUCCAUCAUUUCUUCUGUGAUGUUAAGCCAUUAUUGGAGCUGGCCUGUGGAAACACUGAGCUCGACAGGUGGUUGCUCAAUACUUUCACAGGGACAUUUGCCAUUGGCCUCUUCUUUUUGACAUUUCUCUCCUAUUUCUACAUAGUCACCUAUCUCUUUCUCAAGACCCGUUCUUGCAGCAUGCUGCACAAAGCACUGUCCACUUGUGCCUCUCACUUCAUGGUUGUCAUUAUUUUCUAUGCUCCUGUUCUCUUCAUUUAUAUCAAUCCUGAUUCAGGGAGCUCCCUGGAAAAGGACAGGAUCAUUGCUGUUAUGUACACUGUGGUCACCCCUGCACUCAAUCCACUUAUCUAUACUCUGAGGAACAAGGAAGUGAGGGGUGCUCUGAAUAGGAAAAUCAAAAUAUUGCUUUGA